GAUGAUAGGCGUAUGCCUAAUUUACAGUUCUUUCGUGGACAGAGGGCCUCCUCCCCUGAUGGUAAUCUAUACUGUUUAUUGAAUGCUGUGUAGAUUUGACAAGACUCCAAGACAUGGGCAUUUGUAACUGUAACCUUUUCUCUGAUAAGGUGUCUACAUUGAGGACUUUCACAAUAACUGGUAUGGGAAGUAUUCAAAACUGGAAGCUGUUCAUUCAUACAUCCAAUGGUCAGUUUCCUUAACAUUUAUAUGGGCUUUUAAUAACUUUUAAAUAAUUUGUUAUAAAUCAAUUCUUUAAAAUAUAUAUUUUUUAAACGAACAUUUUAUUUAGGGUGUUCCAUCUUCAAGAACGAGGAAUGAAUUAUCAAGCCAAGGAACUCACCAAGAAGGAAAUUGAGGUACUUUGUUGCAUAGGCAAAAAAUAUAGUAGCUUAUUUGAGGAAAGAAAGUGUUCUCUACAUACUGCAUUUACAUAAGUCAUAUCUAUUGACUGGGGGGCAUAGAAAUGAAUGAAAAUAUAUUUUGUCCAUUAUUGUCCUGACUGACAAUCUGCUUCCUUCUCAGGCUUUUCUUGAAGAUGAAACUGUGAAGAAGAAGCUGGUCAAGUCGUACAAGCUCAUGCUGGACUUCUACGGCAUACAGAUGUCAAAUGACACAACAGGGGAAGUGCGAUGUACUAAUAAUUGGCGUGACAGAUUUGACAACAUGGACAGGUUAGCAAGUUCUUAAUUUGGUCAUUUAACUGUUAUUAUUUUAUAGUCCUUGCAAUAUUAUGAUUUCAGUUUUAAAAUGAACCUCUGUGAAUAACAGUGCUGAGGUUAAUAGUACCCUUGUAUUUUUGUUGGUCUUGUGUUUUUUUUAUGGUAGACAUACACACAACAACCUGCGCAUCACCCGCAUCCUGAAGUGCCUGGGCACUCUGGGGUUCCCCCACUACCAGGCCCCACUGGUCCGCUUCUUCCUGGAGGAAACUCUUGUUAAAGGCAAGCUGUACAAAGUGAAGGAGAGCGUGCUCAACUACUUCAUCUUCGCUUUCCGUGAUCAGCAACAACGCAGGGAAUUAGUUAAGUAUGCCUACGAGAACUAUGAGGCCAAACAUGAGUUUGUGUGAUGCCCUAAGAAAAUCCAGAAUAUUUUCUCAAACAGAGAAGCAGUCUCAGAUAAUAUGCAACUAAUGGCAGGCCAGUCCCAGAAUGGUGACUACUCAGAUAACAGUGAUGAUACAGUUGAAGUCGGAAGUUUACAUACACCUUAGCCAAAUACAUUUAAACUCAGUUUUUCACAAUUCCUGACAUUUAAUCCUAGUAAAAAUUCUAAAUCAGUUAGGAUCACCACUUUAUUUUAAGAAUGUGAAAUGUCAGAAUAAUAGUAGAGAGAAUGAUUUAUUUCAGCUUUUAUUUCUUUCAUCACAUUCCCAGUGGGUCAGAAGUUUACAUACACUCAAUUAGUAUUUGGUAGCAUUGACUUUAAAUUGUUUAACUUGGGUCAAACGUUUCGGGUAGCCUUCCACAAGCUUCCCACAACAAGUUGGGUGAAUUUUGGCCCAUUCCUCCUGACAGAGCUGGUGUAACUGAGUCAGGUUUGUAGGCCUCCUUGCUCGCACAUGCUUUUUCCUUUCUGCCCACAAAUGUUCUAUAGGAUUGAGGUCAGGGCUUUGUGAUGGCCACUCCAAUAGCUUGACUUUUUUGUCCUUAAGCCAUUUUGCCACAACUUUGGAAGUAUGCUUGAGGUUAUUGUCCAUCUGGAAGACCCAUUUGUGACCAAGCUUUAACUUCCUGACUGAUGUCUUGAGAUGUUGCUUCAAUAUAUUCCACAUAAUUUUCCUUCCUCAUGAUGCCAUCUAUUUUGUGAAGUGCACCAGUCCCUCCUGCAGCAAAGCACCCCCACAGCAUGAUGCUACCACCCCCGUGCUUCACAGUUGGGAUGGUGUUCUUCGGCUUGCAAGCAACCCCCUUUUUCCUCCAAACAUAAUGAUGGUCAUUAUGGCCAAACAGUUCUAUCAGACCAGAGGACAUUUCUCCAAAAAGUACCAUCUUUGUCCCCAUGUGCAGUUGCAAACUGUAGUCUGGCUUUUUUAUGGUGGUUUUGGAGCAGUGGCUUCUUCCUUGCUGAGCAGCCUUUCAGGUUAUGUCAAUAUAGGACUCGUUUUACUGUGGAUAUAGAUACUUUUGUACCUGUUUCCUCCAGCAUCUUCACAAGGUCCUUUGCUGUUGUUCUGGGAUUGAUUUGCACUUUUCGCAACAAAGUACGUUCAUCUCUAGGAGACAGAAUGCGUCUCCUUCCUGAGCGGUAUGACGGCUGCAUGGUCCCAUGGUGUUUAUACUUGUGUACUAUUGUUUGUACAGAUGAACGUGGUACCUUCAGCCGUUUGGAAAUUGCUCCCAAGGAUGAACCAGACUUGUGGAGGUCUACAAUUAUUUUUCUGAGGUCUUGGCUGAUUUCUUUUGAUUUCCCCAUGAUGUCAAGCAAAGAGGCACUGAGUUUGCAGGUAGGCCUUGAAAUACAUCCACAGGUACACCUCCAAUUGACUCAAAUUACGUCAAUAAGCCUAUCAGAAACUUCUAAAGCCACAACAUCAUUUUCUGGAAUUUUCCAAGCUGUUUAAAGGCAUUCAACUUAGUGUAUGUAAACUUCUGACCCACUGGAAUUGUGAUACAGUGAUUUAUAAGUGAAAUAAUCUGUCUGUAAACAAUUGUUUGAAAAAUUACUUGUGUCAUGCACAAAGUAGAUGUCCUAACCAACUUGCCAAAACUAUCGUUUGUUAACCAGAAAUGUGUGGAGUGGUUUAAAAACUAGUUUUAAUGACUCCAAACUAAGUGUAUGUAAACUUCCGACUUCAACUGUAUAUCUGUUCCUCGCAAUGAUAUUGUGAACACAGCUGAUUCCAUUAGGCCCUGUGUCGGAGCCAUGGAACCCCAGAUAAAGGUAAAUCAGAAAUUACUUGUGACAAUUUGGCCACUGAACAUCUUUCAAUUAGCCAACAUCAUAAUGCUCCAAAGCAGUAUGGAGCUACUGGUUCUACAAGGCACUCUAAUACUGCCCAUGGAAAUGAAAAUAAUCCCCCCACCAAAGAUGUGCAAAAUAUUCAGGGAGAUGACACAACAGGGAGUAGACCUCAUAGAGAUUCAGAGGGCAAGAAGAGUAAGACUUCAGUGAAUGAGCCACCUACCGAAGAGGUUUCAGAGAGUCUGUUAAAUACCAAAGAUUCAGCAAAUGAGCCACCCCCUAAAGAGGAAUCCUCGAGCCAGGUUAUGACCAAUGAGGUUCCAGCCACAGGGACACAUCCUAAAGAGGAAUUCCUGAGCCAGGUUAUGACCAAUGAGGGUCCAGCCACAGGGCCACCACCUAAAGAGGAAUCCGAAAGCUGGACUAAGGCCAAAACCCGUCCAAAGUCAAUUCCGAUUUCAGGAAACUGCCCAUCCAAAAAGUGUAAAAAAUUAAACAGUAAAACACCAAAUAAGACUCCCGCUCCUACCCAAGAGAAGAGAGGUUAUGUGGAUAUUUAACAGGCUGGGUUUUAUGUAACAGUGAAAAUGCUCAGAAGAGGAGUAUUCCUAAUAAUUCUGCACAGCUAAAUUGCGAUGGUGAAGCAACCAGAAAGUAGAUAAAAAGGUGGAGGGAAAGAUUGCAAAGAAAUGGAUAUUAAACAAGUAUUAAACAAGGAAUAGGACAUUAUGAAUUGUCAUUUAUUAUGUAUACUUAUAGUGUGGGGACAAAAAAAACUAUCUUAACCAUUCAAUAUAUAUAUAUAUUUAUUUAUGACUAUACUGGUAGGACUUUGUGAUCUGGUGGUCAGUCAUUGUUUUUGAUGAACAUUCUUGCUUGCCUUUGGAAGCGAUUUCAUACUUUCUACUGCUUAAAAUAUGCUACGUGCCUUAAAAUAUGCUACCUGCUUUUUUAGACUUGUGAUUACAUUUUGCAUGUAUAAACUGAGCUGAUUUGAAUUAAGUCUCUCUUUUUAGCUUAUAUGAGGUGAGGUUCCUGCGGUGAGUAGACUGUUCAAAUGAUACAACUUAUUAAGUGUAAUGCUGGCUGCCCUUUUCCCAAAUACUGUAUAGACAGAUAUGUACUAAUCACUUACAAUCAUGUAAUUAUUUUGCACUAUGGCCUAUUUAUUGCCUUACCUCCAUAAUUUACUACAUUUGCACACACUGUAUAUAUAUGUUCUAUUGUGUUAUUGACUGUACGUUUUGUUUAUCCCAUAUGUAACUCUGUGUUGUUGUUUUUAUCGCACUGCUUUGCUUUAUCUUGGCCAAGUCGCAGUUGUAAAUGAGAACUUGUUCUCAACUGUCUUACCUGGUUAAAUAAAGGUGAAUAAAAUUUUUUUUUUAAAAAUAGUGGCGCAGUGGUCUAAGUGGUCUAAGGCACUGCAUCGCAGUGCUAGCUGUGCCACUAGAGAUCCUGGUUCGAAUCCAGGCUCUGUCGUAGCUGGCCGCGACCGGGAGACCCAUGGGGCGGCGCACAAUUGGCCCAGCGUCGUCCAGGGUAGGGGAGGGAAUGGCCGGCAGGGAUGUAGCUCAGUUGGUAGAGCAUGGCAUUUGCAACGCCGGGGUUGUGGGUUCAAUUCCAGUAUGAAAAAAUUAAUAAAAAUGUAUGCACUCACUAACUGUAAGUCGUUCUGGAUAAGAGCGUCUGCUAAAUAACUAAAAUGUCAAAUGUAAUGUAUAAGUCAGACAUCUUCCUGUUCUCAAUAUUCAGGAAGAAUUAUACUGUCAUCCUCUAAAAAUAUUUAGGAAAAUGUAAUCGGUAUGAUGUACUCUUCUCUGUCCUAUUCACUAUUCUCUAAGUCAAUCAUAGAAGUCUCAUGUCCAAACUACAUUGCUUUUGUUUGUCUGAUUACAUGACUACAUUUCAACUGCCUUUGGUUACAAGACUGAAGUCCUUUGACUUUUGAUGUGUUUAUAUCCAUGACAGUUUUUGGUAUACUUAUCUGUUGCCGGGUGUAUUUUAAAUUGUCAAAUAAAAUAAAAUCACACUAAAUCUUGACCUUCUGAUUCACACGUGAAUGCAAGUGUUCCGUUGGAGGUGGCUCAACUGGUUGAGACUUACAUAGAUGGCUUGCUACCUGGCUGCUACUCACAACAAGACUCAGGGCAAUUGUCCUGAAGUGGUUUACCCUGACAUUGAUUUACAUGUAACUCAUAUCAAUAAAGAAGUGAUCAGAAGAAAACUGUAAUUAACAAUACUAUAGAUGCAACCAUUCAUACUGUUCAAUGACUUCAGACUAUAGCAAUCAAGUGUUUCCUCAAUUCUCACAUUAUCCAUUCCAGAUAUAUGGCUUAUAAUUUCUCUACUUAGAAAAAUGUAAUUAAAAAUAUACCAGUAUAUACACAAAUACAUUCAUAUUUACAUUACAAGGAAGGGAGUUUAUCAGUUACUUUCAUGUGAUUCUUGUACCAUGUGAAGGUACUUUGACAGGAGAAAGGUAGAUGUAAUAUAUAAAUUACAUGGUAUAAUAAAGUCAGUUGAAUUUAAAUGACCUCAAAAUGAGUUUCUUCAAAUGUGACUAAAUCCAUAACAUAUGAAUUGGCAAAAGGAAAACAACAAUUUUUAGACCACUACAAGAGCAUUUUACCAUAAGAUCCUUUGUCAUGUAGAAAAACAUUCCCAAUAACAUCUAUUUACAUUUACAGUUAUGAUGCUGAAAGUGAAAGUCACAGGGUGAUUGAGUUUCUACAGAGAAAAGUUGUCCACAAAAGUAAGACAUGUGUUUUCAUCCCUUUCCACCUCUGCAGGUGUAUCACUCUCCUUUGGGACAUCAGAUUUGUUUGUUUCUUUUUUGUCUUCUCUCUUUUCUUUGCUCUUGCUCCUGUCCCGGCGGUCUCGGUCUUUGUCCCUUUCUCUAUCUCGGUCCCUGUUUCGGUCCCGGUCUCUGCUCCAGGACCUGUCCCUUCUCCUGUCUCUGUCAUGAUCCCGCUGCCUACUACAGUAUUUGUAGGCCUACUGAUAACUUAGGACUAAGGUUAACUCUUGUAUCAUGUUCACCUCUCUUUAAUGUCUCUGCAGUCCAUGUCAACAGAAUGAUGUAUGGGAAACAUCACCAGGCUGUGUUACCAUUACAUACUUAUAGUGGGAGAAGGCGGCUGGAUGUGUAUCCCGGUGAAAGUGUGGACUAACUCAAAUUAUUUUGAAUAUACUGCCAUAAUGACAUUUUUUCACUUUUCUGUCGCAAAGUAGCUUAGGCCUAUAGAUGGUGCUGAUGUUCAACACAGAGCAAUAAUUAUGUAGGUGGUAGGCCUACAAUAUGGCCCAUCAAAGGCAUUCAUUUUUUUUCUGAAAAGGUUAGGCCUAUAAUUUAAGUGAGGGGAAACAGGAGAAAACCAAAUCAAGUCUGGUAAAAUAGUUCCAACUGUUAGGUAUGUUUCACUUUACAAAUAGCUAGGCUUACAUGACUCCAGUGAGUCAUUUGACCAAACCCAUAUCAACAAAAAAGUGUAAUGGGUUCGCACUCAAAAAGAUGACUGUACGUCGCUUUGGAUAAAAGCGUCUGCUAAAUGGCAUAUUAUAUUUAAGCUGACUUCAUUAUUCUAUUUUUGUAAAUGAUUUUCACUGUAUCAAGGAUAGCGUACCAAACCCAUAUCACUCGGCAGUAAACUGGAUUGGCUGGUACCAAACCCAUAUCACUCAGCAGUAAACUGGAUUGGCUGGUGUUUAUGACUUCUCGUAAACGUUGGUGGAGGCACAUGACGUAGAAAAAAACGAAAGUGAAACUGUACAGACGUUCUCCGAAUCCGAAUGCAAGAUAUCGUGGUGGCUCUCGUGGUUUGGUCAAUCAUAAACUAAUCUUUGUUAACCUUUAGAACAUUUUCAAUAGGCUACAAAGUCAAUAGGCUACAGAGUACAUUAUCUUGUUAUUAGGGCAAGGGCGCGGCAGAGUUAGUGGGCGUCCAAUGAUAAUAGGAAGAGAGCUGGCCCGAGCAGUAAGUAGUAAAAUGUUUUGCUAAAUUGAGACAACAACUUUUUAGGAUGCUUCGCAGGAUUGAACGGUUGUGGCCAUUUUUCCUGGUUCCAGUUCUCUCCUACUUACCCUGGAGAUUGGUUCAUGGGAAAUUGUUUCGCUUGGCUUUUGGAACGCACAGGGAAAUGUAUCAUGCCAAGUGAUCGUGACAGUCCAGAAUCCCUUCCCAGUGAAGGAGUGAGGAGUCCAGAAUCACUUCCCAGUGAAGGAGUGGGGAGUCCAGAAUCCCUUCCCAUUCAAGAAGUGGAGAGUCCAGAACCCCUUCCCAGUGAAGGAGUGGGGAGUCCAGAAUCCCGUCCCAGUGAAGAAGUGGAGAGUCCAGAAUCCCUUCCCAGUGGAGCAUUGGGGAGUCCAGAAUCCCUUUUUAGUGAAGAAGUGGAGAGUCCAGAAUCCCUUCCCAUUCAAGAAGUGGAGAGUCCAGAACCCCUUCCCAGUGAAGGAGUGGGGAGUCCAGAAUCCCGUCCCAGUGAAGAAGUGGAGAGUCCAGAAUCCCUUCCCAGUGGAGCAUUGGGGAGUCCAGAAUCCCUUUUUAGUGAAGAAGUGGAGAGUCCAGAAUCCCUUCCCAUUCAAGAAGUGGAGAGUCCAGAACCCCUUCCCAGUGAAGGAGUGGAGAGUCCAGAAUCCCUUCCCAGUGGAGGAGUAGGGAAUCCCGAAUCCCUUCCCAGUGGAAAAGUGAAGAGGCCAGAAUCCGAUGAGUACUACUGCGAGUACGACUCGACAUGGGAGGAUCCUCCAAGCAAAGAAACCAGUCGUCAAAGGCCCCAACAUGUACGUACACAGGCUCCUGGGCCCUGAUUAUGUUUGUUUUGUUGUGGACUCUCAGCAGAUGAGUUUUAGAAUACUGUAGCCCAGGGGUAUUCAACUCUUCCCCUACGAGGUCCGGAGCCUGCUGGAUUUCUGUUCUACCUGAUAAUUAAUUGCAGCCACCUGGUGUCCCAGGUCUUAAGUCAGUCCCUGAUUAGAAGCGAACAAUGGAAAAAACGCAGUGGAACUGGCUUCGAGGUCCAGAGUUGAGGGCUGUAGCCUAUCAUUAAAAGUCUCCUAUUGGCACCAUAAAAUACAGAUGAGAUAUUUAAUUUUCCAAAGCAACAUUUACAUUUAACAUAUUUUUUCCAAUGUAGACCUAGAAUAAUGUUAAUAACUCAUCCUUUAGAAUUUUCAGACAAAAAUCGUAUAAAAUGCUUUUCUCAAUGGCUUAUACAUGUGCUCUGUCAUAUGCCCAAAUCUUCAGAUAAUUUUCAGACCUCAGCAGAUUAUGAAUCACUACUGUUCUUUGUACCUCAUUUUCACUGUUGUAUUUCAUCAGGUGUGGGUACACCAGGACACCGGUUGGUCGCAAAAAGUAAGUGUUAUGUUCUGAUACAUUGAGAAACAGGGUUUUGGGACAACAUUUAUAAAUAUUUAUUUAACCAUUAUUGCAUUUGUACAACAUUGCAUCUCAUAUUGCUCACCAUUCAAAGCUCCGCCAAGGGGUUAGGAAUACUGAUGUAUUAUGUCUGUCUAUGUGAAGAUCUCCAUCUUUAACUUGAAAAUACAUCAAAUGGGUAUUACUGAUAAAGUCUGCUAUAGGCCUAUGUCAGUAGCCAAGUAGAAUGAUUGCAGGCCUAUGCAGCUAGUGACGUUUUACUUCCAAGUUUUUGUUUGACUUUACAUAUGAGCUCAGACAUGUGGGCCUAUCAGUAUUGUUUAGGUCAGGUGUUUCCAUAACUGCCAUUUUGUGAACUCAUGGAGUGAAUGUGUUUUUAGUCACACAGGUUUAACAGAUUCAGAAGUGCAGCAAGGGAUAUGCAAAAGUACAGGCGUGAUUAUCCAGUAAGUCAAUAUUCUCUUCACACAAUAUUACACAAUUGAUGCUAUUUCAUAUAAAUCCACCUCAUAAUGAUGGUGUGCCACAGGCUACAUUAUCAAUCCUAAUGCAGUUCUACUGCUGCUGACUAUUAAUCAUAGACUCUUAGGAAACAAGGUUGCUGAGUAGAACCAUAUAGGAUUCUUCGGUUUGUCCCCAUAGGCAGGGGUGUCGUGCAAUUUUCUUCAAUCAAAGUUUGUACCUACAGCCUAUUGAAUAGCCUAUCAUUAUAGAACAGAGCUCUCUAACCCUGUUCCUGGAGAGCCACCCUCCUGUAGGUUUUUCACUCCAACCCCAGUUAUAACUAACCUGAUUAAUCUUAUAAACCAGCUAAUUAUUAGAAUCAGGUGCGUUAGAUUAGGAUUGGAAUGACCAAUUAGUGAACAUAAAUCAUUACUACGUGGAAUUGCAGGAAAUGUAUUUUAAAACAGCCAUAAAAUCAAGCUUUUGGUGUGGUGUAUUGAUGCAUCUCUAUAAACAAUAACCUACAUGCAUUAUUACCUCCAACUUGGCCCAAUUCACAUUUCCAAUUUCCCACCCUGAUAUCCCAAGCUAGAAUGGGCACUGCGUCUCAAUAGCCAAUAGAGGCUAAAUAUCCGAAGCAGGGCUACAGAAACGUCAAGAGUGGGUCAGGCUCCUUGGGCUUUGCGGUGGCCACUCUGGUUUGGGUGUCCUUGGCAGAACGGUGUCACCGUAACCAAGUGGUCACAUAUCGUUCUGUGUUCCACUGUGCAAAAGGGGUCCGUGGAGUUUUAUGAACAUCAAGGCAGACACAGGGUGAAUUUAGAUUUUUUUUCGACGUUCUGAUUGGCUAAAGUGGUCAAGCGUCCGACGGGCCUCCGCAGUGCACACACGUAGCCUAUAGUUCUUCAUCAUUCUCGCCACUGCCAGAGAGAAGACAGGGAAUACACCACCAUUUACCUCAAGGCUGCUAUACAUAUUUAUUUGGUUUAUCAUUCUAUCGUUUCUUAAUGGAAUUUUUGUGGUAAUUAAAUCAAAUUUAUUUAGAUUUUAUCUGAAUUUAUUUUCCAAAAUAGUUUUACCAGCGCCUAGUAUUCUUAAAUUGAAAAAGGUGAGGGAACGCCGCUCCUCCACUCUCUGGCAGUACUACACCCCUGCCCAUAGGGGAACCCUUUUUGGUGCUAGGUAGAACCCUUUGCAGAGGGUUCUACCUAGAACCCUCUAUGUAGGGUUCUUCAUAGAACCCUCUGUAAAUGGUUGUACCUAGAACUCUCUAUGAAGGGUUAUUCCUAGAACCUUCUAUAAAUAGUGCUAACAAAAACCCUUUUAUCAUCUCAAGGUUAUUCCUAGAACCUUCUAUGAACGGUUCAUCCAGCCUUAUCAGGCUUUACAAUUAAACUUUUUAUGACAAUCAAUACAUUACAUGUAUCACAAGGCCUUUCUUUGAGGGCGGUGUUAGGAAACUCCUGGUUUACAGACCACAUCAGGCCUGCAAGUCACAUCAUGCUGGCUUGCAAAGUGAUAUGUAAUUGAUAUGUAAUUGAGAAAAUCCAACAAUUUGAACUUUUAAUCACCCGCAACCUGCUUUCAGAAUGAUUGCCAGGGUAGGGAAGAUUGAUAGGUGAGACUACUUAAAUCAUCUAAACUUGAACAACCAUCUCAGUAACGGGUACAAUACAGUGCCUUCAGAAAGUAUUCAAACCCCUUUACUUUUUCAACAUUUUGUUGUGUUACAGCCUAAAUUUAAAAUUUAUUAAAUUUAGAUUUUUUGGUCACUGGCAUACACACAAUACCCCAUAAUGUCAAAGUGGAAUUAUGUUUAAAACGUUUUUUUAAACAAAUUAAUUAAAAAUGAAAAGCUGAAAUGUUUUGAGUCAAUACAUUUUGUUAUUUUUACAUUUUAGUCAUUUAGCUGACGCUCUUAUCCAGAGCGACUUACAGUUAGUGCAUAUAUUUUUUCAUACUGGCCCCCCGUUAUGGCAAGCCUAAAUAAGUUCAGGAGUACAAAUGUGCUUAACAAGUCACAUAAUAAGUUGCAUGGACUCUUUGUGCAAUAAUAGUGUUUAACAUGAUUUUGAAUGACUACCUUAUCUCUGUACCCCACACAUGCAAUUAUCUGUAAGGUCCCUCAGUCGAGCAGUGAAUUUCAAACAUAGAUUCAACCACAAAGACCAGGGAGGUUUUCCAACACCUCACAAAGAAGGGCACCUAUUGGUAGAUGGGUAAAAUAAUAUCCCUUUGAGCAUGGUGAAGUUAUUAAUUACACUUUGGAUGGUGUAUCAAUCAACCCAGUCACUACAAAGAUACAGGUGUCCUUCCUAACUCAGUUGCCGGAGAGGACGCACACCACUCAGGGAUUUCACUAUGAGGCCAAUGGUGACUUUUAAACAGUUACAGAGUUUAAUGGCUCUGAUAGGAGAAAUCUGAGGAUGGAUCAACAACCUUUUAGUUACUCCACAAUACUAACCUAAUUGCCAGAACCCUUCUUGCCUUCCAAGGAACCAUCAAAUAACCCUUUGCCUUACAAAGAACCCUCGUCUUCCAAAAAGGUUUUUAGAUGAAAACAGUUCUUGGUAGAACACUAUCCCUCUGCAAAUAACCCUUUUAGAACCCUAAGAGUGUAGUCGGUAGCUUGUACAGUAAAUAGCACUUGGUUCUUGUUUCCACAGGAGCAUAGAACACACUUGUACUUUGGCGGGCAACAACAAGUAAAUAAGUUAUCAUUCCUUUAUGUAAUAAAUAGAAAAACUGAAUGAUUUAAGUAAUAAUUUCACUGUCCAAUUCCUCUAUAAUUAUUGUACUGUUUUGAUACAGCUCUCUGAGAAAUAUCCUCAUUUCUGAAUUUGCAUUGCUUUUUCCCCCUCAGGAUGAUAUGCCUAAUUUACAAUUCUACCGUGGACAAAUACCCUCCUCCCCUGAUGGUAAUCUAUUUACUGUUUCUUUGAGUGCAGUUUAGAUUUGACAAGACUUUGACAUUUGUAAAUGUAACCUUUGCUCUGAUUAGGUGUCUUCAUUGAGGACUUUCACUAUAAAUGGAAAAGGCAAUAUUCACAACUGGAAAGAGUUCACUCAUACAUCCAAUGGUUAGUUUCCUUUACAUAUGUACAUGGGCUUUUAAUUAUUUUUAUUUGGAAUAUUAAUUGUUAUAAUACAAUUCUUUAAAAUGUGUGUGUGUGUGUGUGUGUGUGUGUGUGUGUGUGUGUGUGUGUGUGUGUGUGUGUGUGUGUGUAUACAGUUGAAGUCGGAAGUUUACAUACACUUAGGUUGGAGUCAUUAAAACUCGUUUUUCAACCACUCUACAAAUUUCUUGUUAACAAACUAUAGGUUUGGCAAGUCGGUUAGGACAUCUACUUUGUGCAUGACACAAGUAAUUUUUCCAACAAUUGUUUACAGACAGAUUAUUUCACUUAUAAUUCACUGUAUCACAAUUCCAGUGGGUCAGAAGUUUACAUACACUAAGUUGACUGUGCCUUUAAACAGCUUGGAAAAUUCCACAAAAUGAUGUAAUGGCUUUAGAAGCUUCUGAUAGGCUAAUAGACAUCAUUUGAGUCAAUUGGAGGUGUACCUGUGGAUGUAUUUCAAGGCCUACCUUCAAACAGUGCCUCUUUGCUUGACAUCAUGGGAAAAUCAAAAGAAAUCAGCCAAGACCACAGAAAAAAAAUUGUAGACCUCCACAAGUCUGGUUCAUCCUUGGGAGCAAUUUCAAAAUGCCUGAAUGUACCACAUUCAUCUGUACAAACAAUAGUACACAAGUAUAAACACCAUGGGACCACGCAGCCGUCAUACUGCUCAGGAAGGAGACGCGUUCUGUCUCCUAGAGAUGAACGUACUUUGGUGCAAAAAGUGCAAAUCAAUCCCAGAACAACAGCAAAGGACCUUGUGAAGUUGCUGGAGGAAAUGGGUACAAAAGUAUCUAUAUCCACAGUAAAACGAGUCCUAUAUCGACAUAACCUGAAAGGCCGCUCAGCAAGGAAGAACCACUGCUCCAAAACCGCCAUAAAAAAGCCAGACUACGGUUUGCAACUGCACAUGGGGACAAAGAUUAUACUUUUUGAAGAAAUGUCCUCUGGUUUGAUGAAACAAAAAUAGAACUCUUUGGCCAUAAUGACCAUUGUUAUGUUUGGAGGAAAAAGGGGGGCGGCUUGCAAGCCGAAGAACACCAUCCCAACCAUCCCAACGGGGUUGCAGCAUCAUGCUGUGGGGGUGCUUUGCUGCAGGAGGGACUGGUGCACAAAAUUAAUGGCAUCAUGAGGAAGGAAAAUUAUGUGGAAUAUAUUGAAGCAACAUCUCAAGACAUCAGUCAGGAAGUUAAAGCUUGGUCGCAAAUGGGUCUUCCAAAUGGACAAUGACCCCAAGCAUACUUCCAAAAUUGUGGCAAAAUGGCUUAAGGACAACAAAGUCAAGGUAUUGGAGUGGCCAUCACAAAGCCCUGACCUCAAUCCUAUAGAAAAUGUGUGGGCAGAACUGAACAAGUGUGUGCGAGCAAGGAGGCCUAUAAACCUGACUCAGUUACACCAGCUCUGUCAGGAGGAAUGGGCCAAAAUUCACCCAAUUUAUUGUGGGAAGCUUGUGGGAGGCUACCCGAAACGUUUGACCCAAGUUAAACAAUUUAAAGGCAAUGCUACCAAAUACUAAUUGAGUGUAUGUAAACUUCUGACCCACUGGGAAUGUGAUGAAAUAAAUAAAAGCUGAAAUAAAUCAUUCUCUCUACUAUUAUUCUGACAUUUCACAUUCUUAAAAUAAAGUGGUGAUCCUAACUGACCUAAGACAGGGAUUUUAUUCUAGGAUUAAAUGUCAGGAAUUGUGAAAAACUGAGUUUAAAUGUAUUUGGCUAAGGUGUAUGUAAACUUCCGACUUCAACUGUGUAUGUAUAUAUAUAUAUAUAUAUAUAUAUAUAUAUAUAUAUAUAUAUAUAUAUAUAUACAGUGGGGGAAAAAAAGUAUUUAGUCAGCCACCAAUUGUGCAAGUUCUCCCACUUAAAAAGAUGAGAGAGGCCUGUAAUUUUCAUCAUAGGUACAUGUCAACUAUGACAGACAAAUUGAGAUUUUUUUUCUCCAGAAAAUCACAUUGUAGGAUUUUUAAUGAAUUUAUUUGCAAAUUAUGGUGGAAAAUAAGUAUUUGGUCACCUACAAACAAGCAAGAUUUCUGGCUCUCACAGACCUGUAACUUCUUCUUUAAGAGGCUCCUCUGUCCUCCACUCGUUACCUGUAUUAAUGGCACCUGUUUGAACUUGUUAUCAGUAUAAAAGACACCUGUCCACAACCUCAAACAGUCACACUCCAAACUCCACUAUGGCCAAGACCAAAGAGCUGUCAAAGGACACCAGAAACAAAAUUGUAGACCUGCACCAGGAUGGGAAGACUGAAUCUGCAAUAGGUAAGCAGCUUGGUUUGAAGAAAUCAACUGUGGGAGCAAUUAUUAGGAAAUGGAAGACAUACAAGACCACUGAUAAUCUCCCUCGAUCUGGGGCUCCACGCAAGAUCUCACCCCGUGGGGUCAAAAUGAUCACAAGAACGGUGAGCAAAAAUCCCAGAACUAGUGAAUGACCUGCAGAGAGCUGGGACCAAAGUAACAAAGCCUACCAUCAGUAACACACUACGCCGCCAGGAACUCAAAUCCUGCAGUGCCAGACGUGUCCCCCUGCUUAAGCCAGUACAUGUCCAGGCCCGUCUGAAGUUUCCUAGAGUGCAUUUGGAUGAUCCAGAAGAGGAUUGGGAGAAUGUCAUAUGGUCAGAUGAAACCAAAAUAGAACUUUUUGUUAAAACUCAACUUGUCGUGUUUGGAGGACAAAGAAUGCUGAGUUGCAUCCAAAGAACACCAUACCUACUGUGAAGCAUGGGGGUGGAAACAUCAUGCUUUGGGGCUGUUUUUCUGCAAAGUGACCAGGACGACUGAUCCGUGUAAAGGAAAGAAUGAAUGGGGCCAUGUAUGGUGAGAUUUUGAGUGAAAACCUCCUUCCAUCAGCAAGGGCAUUGAAGAUGAAACGUGGCUGGGUCUUUCAGCAUGACAAUGAUCCCAAACACACCGCCCGGGCAACGAAGGAGUGGCUUCGUAAGAAGCAUUUCAAGGUCCUGGAGUGGCCUAGCCAGUCUCCAGAUCUCAACCCCAUAGAAAAUCUUUGGAGGGAGUUGAAAGUCCAUGUUGCCCAGCGACAGCCCCAAAACAUCACUGCUCUAGAGGAGAUCUGCAUGGAGGAAUGGGCCAAAAUACCAGCAACAGUGUGUGAAAACCUUGUGAAGACUUACAGAAAACGUUUGACCUGUGUCAUUGCCAACAAAGGGUAUAUAACAAAGUAUUGAGAAACUUUUGUUAUUGACCAAAUACUUAUUUUCCACCAUAAUUUGCAAAUAAAUUCAUUAAAAAUCCUACAAUGUGAUUUUCUGGAUUUUUUUUUCUUCUCAUUUUGUCUGUCAUAGUUGACGUGUACCUAUGAUGAAAAUUACAGGCCUCUCUCAUCUUUUUAAGUGGGAGAACAUGCACAAUUGGUGGCUGACUAAAUACUUUUUUCCCCCACUGUAUAUAUAUACAGUGAGGGAAAAAAGUAUUUGAUCCCCUGCUGAUUUUGUACAUUUGCCCACUGACAAAGACAUGAUCAGUCUAUAAUUUGAAUGGUAGGUUUAUUUGAACAGUGAGAGACAGAAUAACAACAAAAAUAUCCAAAAAAACGCAUGUCAAAAAUGUUAUAAAUUGAUUAGCAUUUUAAGGAGGGAAUUAAGUAUUUGACCCCUCUGCAAAACAUGACUUAGUACUUGGUGGCAAAACCCUUGUUGGCAAUCACAGAGGUCAGACGUUUCUUGUAGUUGGCCACCAGGUUUGCACACAUCUCAGGAGGGAUUUUGUUCCACUCCUAUUUGCAGAUCUUCUCCAAGUCAUUAAGGUUUCGAGGCUGACGUUUGGCAACUCGAACCUUCAGCUCCCUCCACAGAUUUUCUAUGGGAUUAAGGUCUGUAGACUGGCUAGGCCACUCCAGGACCUUAAUGUGCUUCUUCUUGAGCCACUCCUUUGUUGCCUUGGCCGUGUGUUUUGGGUCAUUGUCAUGCUGGAAUACCCAUCCACGACCCAUUUUCAAUGCCCUGGCUGAGGGAAGGAGGUUCUCACCCAAGAUUUGACGGUACAUUGCCCCGUCCAUCGUCCCUUUGAUGCGGUGAAGUUGUCCUGUCCCCUUAGCAGAAAAACACCCCCAAAGCAUAAUGUUUCCACCUCCAUGUUUGACGGUGGGGAUGGUGUUCUUGGGUCAUAGGCAGCAUUCCUCCUCCUCCAAACACGGCGAGUUGAGUUGAUGCCAAAGAGCUCGAUUUUGGUCUCAUCUGACCACAACACUUUCACCCAGUUCUCCUCUGAAUCAUUCAAAUGUUAAUUGGCAAACUUCAGACGGCCCUGUUUAUGUGCUUUCUUGAGCAGAGGGACCUUGCGUGCGCUGCAGUAUUUCAGUCCUUCACGGUGUAGUGUGUUACCAAUUGUUUUCUUGGUGACUAUGGUCCCAGCUGCCUUGAGAUCAUUGACAAGAUCCUCCCGUGUAGUUCUGGGCUGAUUCCUCACCGUUCUCAUGAUCAUUGCAACUCCACGAGGUGAGAUCUUUCAUGAAGCCCCAGGCCGAGGGAGAUUGACAGUUAUUUUGUGUUUCUUCCUUUUGUGAAUAAUCGCACCAACUGUUGUCACCUUCUCACCAAGCUGCUUGGCGAUGGUCUUGUAGCCCAUUCCAGCCUUGUGUAGGUCUACAAUCUUGUCCCUGACAUCCUUGGAGAGCUCUUUGGUCUUGGCCAUGGUGGAGAGUUUGGAAUCUGAUUGAUUGAUUGCUUCUGUGGACAGGUGUCUUUUAUAGAGGUAACAAACUGAGAUUAGGAGCACUCCCUUUAAGAGUGUGCUCCUAAUCUCAGCUCGUUACCUGUAUAAAAGACACCUGGGAGCCAGAAAUCUUUCUGAUUGAGAGGGGGUCAAAUACUUAUUUCCCUCAUUAAAAUGCAAAUCAAUUUAUAACAUUUUUGACAUGCAUUUUUCUGGAUUUUUUUGUUGUUAUUCUGUCUCUCACUGUUCAAAUAAACCUACCAUUAAAAUUAUAGACUGAUCAUUUCUUUGUCAGUGGGCAAAUGUACAAAAUCAGCAGGGGAUCAAAUACUUGUUUCCCUCACUGUGUAUAUAUAUAUAUAUAUGUUGUUGUUUUUUAAACAAACAUUUCAUUUAGGUUGUUCCCUCUUCAAGAACCAGGAAUGAAUUAUCAAGCCAAGGAACUCACCAAAAAGGAAAUUGAGGUACUUCUAGUAGUUUUUUUUUAGCAAGGAAAUGUUCUCUACAUACUGCAUUUACGUACAGAUAACUACGAAAAUAAAGGAAACACUUGCGUAAAUGAGGGAUACAAAGUAUAUUGAAAGCAGGUGCUUUCACAAAGGUGUCCGUCCUGGGUUAAUUAAGCAAUUAACAUCCCAUCAUGCUUAGGAUCAUGUAUAAAAAUGCCCAGUUGCCCAUUAUUUUGGCUACCUUGGCAAGAAGAAGAGAUCUGUGACUUUGAAAGAGGGGUCUGAAAGGAGAAUUGGAGAUUUAAAGUGUGUGUGUGUCAGUCACCAGAUCUCAACCCAAUUUAACUCUUGAGACAGCAUUUUCCACCACCAUCAACAAAACACCAAAUGAUGGAAUUUUUCAUUAAAGAAUGGUGUCGCAUCCCUCCAAUAUAGUUCCAGAUACAUGUAAAAUCUAUGCCAAGGCGCAUUGAAGAUGUUAUGGCGGCUCGUGUUGGCCCAACGCCUAUCAAAUCAAAUCAAAAUCUAAUCAAAUGUUAUUUGUCCCAUGCUUGGUAAACAACAGGUGCAGACUAACAGUGAAAUGCUUACUUACGGGCCCUUCCCAAAAAUGCAGAGACAAGAUGAGAUUAAAAUAAAAUAAAUAAUAGAAAAAUAGUAACACGAGGAAUAAAUAUACAAUGAGUAACAAUAAGUUGGCUAUAUACAGGGGGUACCAGUACCGAGUCGAUGUGCAAGGGUACAAGGAAAUUGAGGUAGAUAUGUACAUAUAGGUAGAGGUAAAGUCACUAGGCAACAGGAAAGAUAAUAAACAGUAGCAACAGCGUAUGUGAUGUGUGUGGAAGUGUGUGUGUGUGUGGCAACAGUAUGCCUGUGUGUACAUGUUAUGUGUGAGUGAGUGUGUGUAUGUGUUGGAGUUUCAGUGUAAGUAUGUGUGAGUGUGUGGGUAGAGUCCAGUGUGUGUGUGUAUAGAGUCAAAAGAGUAGAAGCUGUUCAGGGUCCUGUUGGUUCCAGACUUGGUGCAUCGGUACUGCUUGCCGUGCGGUAGCAGAGAGAACAGUCUAUGACUUGGGUGGCUGGAGUCUAUGACAAUUUUUAGGGCCUUCCUCUGACACCGCCUAGUAUAGAGGUCCUGGAUGGCAGGGAGCUCGGCCCCAGUGAUGUUCUGGGCCAUACGCACUACCCUCUGUAGCGCCUUGUGGUCGGAUGUGAAGCAGUUGCCAUACCAAGCGUUGAUGUAGCCAGUCAAGAUGCUCUCAAUGGUGCAGCUGUAUACCAAAUAUUUUCAGCCUCCUGAGGGGGAAGAGGCGUUGUCGCUCCUUAUUCGCGACUGUGUUGGUGUGCGUGGACCAUGUUAAUUCAUUAGUGAUGUGGACACAGAGGAACUUGAAGAUCUUGACACGCACCACUACAGCCUCGUUGAUGUGGAUGAGGGUGUGCUCGGCCCUCCGUUUCCUGUAGUCCACAAUCAGCUCCUUUGUCUUAAUGAUGUUGAUGGAGAGGUUGUAGUCUUGGCACCACACUGCCAGGUCACUGACCUCCUCCCUAUAGGCUGUCUCAUCGUUGUCAGUGAUCAGGCCUACCACUGACGUGUUGUCAGCUAACUUGAUGAUGGUGUUGGAGUCGUGCGUUGCCACGUAGUCGUGGGUGAACAUGGAGUGCAGAAGGGGACUAAGCACGCACCCCUGAGGGUCCCCCGUGUUGAGGGUCAGUGUGGCGGAUAAGUUGUUGCCUAUCCUCACCACCUGGGGGCGGCCCAUCAGGAAGUCCAGGAUCCAGUUGCAGAGGGGGGUGUUCAGUCCCAGGGUCCUGAGCUUAGUGAUGAGCUUGGAGGGCACUAUGGUGUUGAACGCUGAGCUGUAGUCAAUGAACAGCAUUCUCACAUACAGUGGGGAAAAAAAGUAAUUAGUCAGCCACCAAUUGUGCAAGUUCUCCCACUUAAAAGAUGAGAGAGGCCUGUAAUUUUCAUCAUAGGUACACGUCAACUAUAACAGACAAAUUGAGAAAGAUAAAUCCAGAAAAUCACAUUGUAGGAUUUUUAAUGAAUUUAUUUGCAAAUUAUGGUGGAAAAUAAGUAUUUGGUCACCUACAAACAAGCAAGAUUUCUGGCUCUCACAGACCUGUAACUUCUUCUUUAAGAGGCUCCUCUGUCCUCCACUCGUUACCUGUAUUAAUGGCACCUGUUUGAACUUGUUAUCAAUAUAAAAGACACCUGUCCACAACCUCAAACAGUCACACUCCAAACUCCACUAUGGCCAAGACCAAAGAGCUGUCAAAGGACACCAGAAACAAAAUUGUAGACCUGCACGAGGCUGGGAAGACUGAAUCUGCAAUAGGUAAGCAGCUUGGUUUGAAGAAAUCAACUGUGGGAGCAAUUAUUAGGAAAUGGAAGACAAACAAGACCACUGAUAAUCUCCCUCGAUCUGGGGCUCCACGCAAGAUCUCACCCCGUGGGGUCAAAAUGAUCACAAGAACGGUGAGCAAAAAUCCCAGAACUAGUGAAUGACCUGCAGAGAGCUGGGACCAAAGUAACAAAGCCUACCAUCAGUAACACACUACGCCGCCAGGAACUCAAAUCCUGCAGUGCCAGACGUGUCCCCCUGCUUAAGCCAGUACAUGUCCAGGCCCGUCUGAAGUUUGCUAGAGUGCAUUUGGAUGAUCCAGAAGAGGAUUGGGAGAAUGUCAUAUGGUCAGAUGAAACCAAAAUAGAACUUUUUGGUAAAAACUCAACUUGUCGUGUUUGGAGGACAAAGAAUGCUGAGUUGCAUCCAAAGAACACCAUACCUACUGUGAAGCAUGGGGGUGGAAACAUCAUGCUUUGGGGCUGUUUUUCUGCAAAGGGACCAGGACGACUGAUCCGUGUAAAGGAAAGAAUGAAUGGGGCCAUGUAUCGUGAGAUUUUGAGUGAAAACCUCCUUCCAUCAGCAAGGGCAUUGAAGAUGAAACGUGGCUGGGUCUUUCAGCAUGACAAUGAUCCCAAACACACCGCCCGGGCAACGAAGGAGUGGCUUCGUAAGAAGCAUUUUAAGGUCCUGGAGUGUCCUAGCCAGUCUCCAGAUCUCAACCCCAUAGAAAAUCUUUGGAGGGAGUUGAAAGUCCGUGUUGCCCAGCGACAGCCCCAAAACAUCAUUGCUCUAGAGGAGAUCUGCAUGGAGGAAUGGGCCAAAAUACCAGCAACAGUGUGUGAAAACCUUGUGAAGACUUACAGAAAACGUUUGACCUGUGUCAUUGCCAACAAAGGGUAUAUAACAAAGUUUUGAGAAACUUUUGUUAUUGACCAAAUACUUAUUUUCCACCAUAAUUUGCAAAUAAAUUCAUUAAAAAUCCUACAAUGUGAUUUUCUGGAUUUCUUUUUCUCAUUUUGUCUGUCAUAGUUGACGUGUACCUAUGAUGAAAAUUACAGGCCUCUCUCAUCUUUUUAAGUGGGAGAACUUGCACAAUUGGUGGCUGACUAAAUACUUUUUCCCCCACUGUAGGUGUUCCUCUUGUCCACGUGGGAGAGGGCAGUGUGGAGUGCAAUAGAGAUUGCGUAAUCUGUUGGGGCGGUAUGCGAAUUGGAGUGGGUCCAAGGUGUCUGGAAUGAUGGUGUUGAUGUGAGCCAUGACCAGUCUUUCAAAGCAUUUCAUGGCUACAGAUGUAAUAAUGUGGUCCUCUGUAGCUCAGCUGGUAGAGCACGGCGCUUGUAACGCCAAGGUAGUGGGUUCGAACCCCGAGACCACCCAUACACAAAAGAUUUAUGCACGCAUGACUGUAAGUCGCUUUGGAUAAAAGCGUCUGCUAAAUGGCAUAUUAUAUUAUUAUUUAUAAUAAUAAUAUGCCAUUUAACAGACGCUUUUAUCCAAAGCGACUUACAGUCAUGUGCGCAUACAUUUUUACAUAUGGGUGGUCCCGGGGAUCGAACCCACUACCCUGGCGUUACAAGCACCAUGCUCUACCAAUUGAGCUACAGAGGACCACACUACGGGGCGAUAGUCAUAUAGACAGGUUACCUUGGUGUCCUUGGGCACAGGGACUAUGGUGGUCUGCUUGAAACAUAGUUUUUUGGGUACUAAUUUUGGGUAGAGCAGACAUUUCCAUUUAUUUUUGUUAUUUGAAUGUGUGACAUAUUUAUGAUAUAAUUUACAAAGAUUAUACCGUUUUUAUCAAUCAGUAUAUUUGAGUUUAACCAUAAUAUUUGUUGUAAUAUUUGUUCUGUCUUUUCUGGUUGAUUAAACUGAAAUUCCAUCCAACUUUCUAUGGCUUGUUUUAAGAAGAGCGAUAUUUUGGAGAUUAUUACAUUUUCAAAUAGCCGAAAGUGAGAGGUUAUAAUCUGAAUAAAGGUAAAAAGGCCAUUCUUGAACAUGGGGUGAGACAUUCUUAAUAAUCUGCUAGAGAACCAGUUCGGAUUUAAGUAUAACUUUUGUAUGACUGAUGCCUUUAGUGAGAGGUCUAAUGGUUUAAUAUUUAAUCAUUUCUGCCAUCCGAAUUCAUAUUUAUUAUAUAAAUAAGCCCGUUUAAUUUUGGCUUGUUCAGUGUUGCUUGCCUCAAAGCGAGCAUAGAAGGCAUUUAGCUCGUCUGGUAGGCUCAUUUCACUGGGAAGUUUGGCUGGGUUUCCGUUUGUAAUCUGUGAUAGUUUGCAAGCCCUGCCACAUCCGACGAGCAUCAGAGCCGGCGUAGUACGAUUCGAUCUUAGUCCUGUGUUGGCGCUUUGCAUGUUUGAUGGCUCGUUGGAGGUCGUAGCGGGAUUUCUUAUAAACGCCCGGAUUAGUGUCCCCCUCCUUGAAAGUGGCAGCUCUAGCCUUUAGUUCAGUGCGGAUGUUGCCUGUAAUCCAUGGCUUCUGGUUGGGGUCUGUACAUAAGGUCACUGUGCACUUAUUAAUGAAGCCGGUGACUGAUGUGGUAAACUCCUCAAUGUUAUUGGAUGAAUCCCGGAAUAUAUUCCAGUCUGUGCUAGCGAAACAGUCCUGUAGCUUAGCAACCACUUCAUCGGACCACUUCUGUAUUGAGCGUGUCACAGAUACUUCCUGUUUGAGUUUUUGCAUGUAAGCAGGAAGCAGGAGGAUAUAGUUAUGGUCUGAUUUGACAAAGGGAGAGCGAGGGAGAGCCUUGUAUGCGAUUUUGUGUGUGGAGUAAAGGUGAUCUAGAGUUUUGUCGCUUCUAGUUGCAAUGUGACAUGUUGGUAAAAAUGAGGUAAAAUGGAUAUCAAUUUCCCUACAUUAAAAUCAUUGGCCACGAGAAGCGCCACCUCUGGAUGUGCAUUUUCUGGUUUGCUUAUGGCCCUAUACAGUUCAUUGAGUGCGGUCUUAGUGCCAGCAUCGGUUUGUGGUGGUAAAUAGACAGCUACGAAAAAUAGUAUGGUCUGCAUUUUAUCAUGAGGUAUUGUAACCCAGGCAAGCAAAAACUCUAGACUUCCUUAACAUUAGAGAUCGCACACCAGCUGCUGUUGGCAAAGAGACACACCCCUCCUCCCUUCGUCUUACCUGAGGCUGCCGUCCAGUCUUGACGAUGCAUAGAAAAACCAGCGAGAUGUAUAUUAUCCAUGUCCCCCAUUCAGCCACAACUCUGAGAAACAUAGAACAUUACAGUUUUUCAGGUCCCGUUGAUAGGAUAGUCUCGAAUGGAGCUCGUCCAGUUUGUUCAUUAGUGACUGUACAUUCACCAAUAGAACUGAGGGUACAGGUGGUUUAUUAGCUUGCCGACAUAAUCUCGUCAAGGUGUCUCUUCGCCUGCCUCUCUUGCGCCGUUGCUUCCUCUUUCGAGUCCCAGAGAUUAGGGCCUGUUCCAGAGGAAGCAGAACAUCCAGAGCUGCCGACUCGCUGAAGUAGAAAUGGUCAUCCAAAUCAAGGUUAGUGAUCGCUGUUCUGAUGUCCAGAAGCUGUUUUCAGUCAUAGGAAAUGAUGGCAGAGACACUUUGUACCAGACAAACUAUGUUGGUGUUUCCUUUAUUUUAGCAGUUACCUGUAUGUCAUCUAUUGACUGGUGGGCUUAGAAAUUAAUGAAAAUACAAUUUGUUCAUAAUUGUUCUGAAUGACAAUCUGCUUCUUCCUCAGGCUUUCCUUGAAGAUGAAACUGCGAAGAAGAGGCUGGUCAAGUCGUACAAGCUCAUGCUGGACUUCUACGGCAUACAGAUGUCAAAUGAAACAACAGGGGAAGUGCGACGUGCAAAUAACUGGCGUGACAGAUUUGACAACCUGGACAGGUUAGCAAUUUCUUCAUUGGGUCAUUUAACUAUUAUUUAUUUUAUAGUGAUUGCAAUACAUAAUAGCUAAAAUUUCAGUUUUCAAAUUAACCUUCUGAGAAUAACAGUACCUUUGUAUUUUUGUUGGUCUUGUGAUUUUUCUAUGGUAGACAUACACACAACAACCUGCGCAUCACCCGCAUCCUGAAGUGCCUGGGCACUCUGGGGUUCCACCACUACCAGGCCCCACUGGUCCGCUUCUUCCUGGAGGAAACUCUUGUUAAAGGCCAGCUGUACAAUGUGAAGGAGAGCGUGCUCAACUACUUCAUCUUCGCUGUCAUUGAUAAGCAAGAGCGCAGGGAUCUAGUUGAGUAUGCCUACAAGCACUAUGAGCCCAAACAUGAGUUUGUAUGGUGCCCUAAGAAGAUCCAGAUGACUUUCUCAAAUGGAGAAGAAUUAUCAGAUAAUAGGCAACCAAUGGCAGGCCAUUACCAGCAUGGUAACUACUUAGAUGACAGAGAUGUCAGUGACGACCUAUCUGUUCCUCACAAUGCUAUUGUUAGCACAACUGUUUCCAUUAGGCCAGAAGGCAAGAACAAUUCAGUGAAAGAGCAAUCUCCUCAAGACUUAUCCCAGAGCCUGGAGAAGACCACUGAGGUUCCAGCCAUAGAGCCAUGUCCUAAAGACCCAUCCCAGAGCCAGGUUCAGACCACUGAGGGUCCAGCCAUAGAGCCAUGUCCUAAAGACCCAUCCCAGAGCCAGGUUCAGACCACUGAGGGUCCAGCCAUAGAGCCAUGUCCUAAAGACCCAUCCCAGAGCCAGGUUCAGACCACUGAGGGUCCAGCCAUAGAGCCAUGUCCUAAAGACCCAUCCCAGAGCCAGGUUCAGAUCACUGAGGGUCCAGCCAUAGAGCCAUGUCCUAAAGACCCAUCCCAGAGCCAGGUUCAGACCACUGAGGGUCCAGCCAUAGAGCCAUCUCCUCAUAAGGUAUCCCUGAGCCAG